GAAAAUGGGUUGGUUCGGAUUCGGCGGUAACCCAACUGACACUCCAUCGUCAUCAGCAGAAGUGUCCGCUGCUCCGAUCGAUCUCAGUGCCGGAAUGAACUUCUCCGUGCCGGGAUUCGAUGCUCCAGCGCCAGAACCAUCAGUGCCGGAUCAUUCUCCAUUCCCGGCGGCACCCGUCCUCGCCUUGGAUCAACUGAAAUCUGCUGGAGUAGGAGUUUCCCGGCAAAUGACACCCUAUGUGCAGAUGGAUCCCUCAAUGUUUGCUUCUCAGCAGCCGCAAUACAUUAUGCCGGAAGGAGGUGUUGCUGGAAAGGGAAAAUUCGAAUUCGCGCUAGGACAUAUCGGAUGGGCCGUCGGCGGAGCAUUCGGUGUUGGAUGUGCUCGCGGAGCUCUCGGUGAGCUUAUGAACCCGGAAACCCGUAAAAUGGUCGGAAAACCAUGGAUGACACGUAUGGUGAACGCAACGAUGAAGCAUGGCUCAGGAUUUGCUCAACCGUCUGGAGCAAUCGUUUUUAUGUAUUCAGCGCUGGAAAUCGGGCUCCGAUCGGUACGUGCUGAGGAUGAGCUUAAUGGAUUUGGAGCCGGAGCACUUACCGGAGCAAUUUAUCGAUCACCGCAUGGAUUGAAGGCUUCCGGAGUUGGAGCACUUGUUGGAUUGGGUAUCGCCGCUGCGUGGACUUUAUCGAGCACUGAUUCGAGACAACGACUCUCCGAAAUGUUCAGUAAUCAUUGAUUUAUUGAUUGAUCUUGUUUUUCCCUGGUUUUUUUGUUAUUUUUCUCUAAACAUCCCGUUUAUAGCAGCCUAUCCUCCUUUUUUUGUUCCUAGUAGUUUUUUUAGUAUUCGAAUAAAAAUUAUGUUCAUUUU